AAGAUGAUGCAGAAGGCUUUGUUUGGACUUCUCUUGCUCUACGUGAGCGGCGCAUCCGCUUUCGCUCCUUCCAUGUCGCUUCCUCGCAAGCUUCCCCUCAGCAGAUCCCACGUCCAGAGCAAGCAGUCCACCGUCUGCAGCAUGGAUCGCUCUCAGUUCGCCAAUGCUGCUGUAUCUUCUGCUCUCAUUGCAUCCAUUGCCUUGUUCUCCCCUGCUAUCGCUCCUGUCGACGCUGCAGUAGCUCCCAACCCCUAUGCUAAGGAUCAGCCUACCGAGGUUAAGACUGAGACCAAGAAGAGCGAAGGAGGAAACGCUGGUCUGGUCGCUAUCCCCCUUCUUGCAGGCUUGGCCCUUUCCUACCCUUUCUUUUCCCGUAGCACGGAGAGACUCGUCGAGAAGGCGCAGGGCAAGAGGAAGUAAACGAGCCUCCUGAGGUUCUGCUCUGGAACAUCCUCACGAUCUGAUAUACUCCAUUCGCCGAAAGAUUUUGGAUAUGACUUUCGUAGUUUGGUUCAUAGCAAAUAAAACAAUACAAUAUCAAAGA